AUGAGGAGAUCGGCGCUGUGCUUCUUCUCGAAGCGGUGGUUUCGGAACUCCUCCCGCGCACGCUCCACGUCGGCCAGCUCCUCCGGCGUCGCCUCGGGAUCGAACGUCCACACCUGCCUCCCGGCAUGA